AUGCAGAAUCUGAUAUUGACUCCACCUAAUAUCAGCAGUCCGGCCUUGAGCAACGUCUGUUCCAUCAACAACCUUGUGGGGGAUGGCUCGUCCAACCCGACGGCGUCGACAUCGAUGCGCGCGACGCCGGUGCUCCCGCCAGUCAAGGGCUUGUUGUUUCACAAUAACCAGCUCCCACCACCUGGUCCAUUUAACUAUGGGUCUAUGGCAAAUUCAGCGUUGCCACAUGGGUUGCCGGCCGGCGCGAAGUACGAGCAGAUGACGCCGCCGCCUUUAUUUCACUCGCGGUCGGUGCCGCCACAGAUGCCAUCGGCUCAACCGCAGGCGGCACAGCCCCAGCGUUUUGCAAAUCCGUUCGACCAGCUCUCGCAGCUGUUGACACACAUUGAAUCAUCCUCUUCUUCGAGCCUGAAAGUUAUAACAGGACAUCUGAUGGCAGAUAAAAUUAUCCGCGACAACGGAGACUAUUCGCUUCAGCUAAAGGAGAUAUUUGGUUCCCUCCGGGAAAUACAUCUGUCGUUGCUAAACUGGCCUAUGGUACAGUAUUCGCAGGAUAUCCCUAAUGGAGAGAUUAUGAGAGAACUAGUUUCCUUUAUCGAAUACAGGGACCUAGAGAAAUUGGACUUUUUGAUAGACAAAUUUAAGAGACAGUUAGACUUGGUUAAAUACUGGAAGGACAAAUUAGGACAUUUAUACGUUGAAAAGAUUGACAGUGGAACAUGGUGUUCCCCUGGAGAACGACUGAGGCAGGAAAAUGGGACGCCCAUACCCGUUAUACAUUCGGCUGCGGUAGGCUCAUCUGCAUCACGGUUGGCUAGCCCUUCCCCAAGCGUCAGUACAGGGCCGGGUGUGAUACAAGGCGGCUCGACAGCGACCAGUUCACGCUCGGUCUCAUUCUCCAUCCCGGCCGAAGAACGUGUUGGAUAUAUACCGGAACAUGUUGGAGAAUUCAGAAAUGAUUUCUUCCAAGAUUUGAUUGUUCCAAGUUGGUUCAUUGUGAUCAGAGAUCCAAAAACAAUGAACUGUUUACAAUGUGGAAGCCGUGACACAAGUGAAUGGCGCUCAGGACCGCUAGGAAGGAAGUCUAUGUGCAAUGCAUGCGGUAUCUGGUACAUGAAAUUAAAGCAGCGGUUUGGGGAGGAGGAUGCUGCGGUGAUUAUGGAAUACCGGAGAUUAACUAAUAGGCACGAUGAUCGCAGGGUGCCCAAGAAAUUUGAGGUCCCAUUGCCUGAGGUCGAAAAAGUGAAGAGAGCCAUAAGAGCUCGUGUUGUGGAGUAUUUGAAUGAUGUUGAAAUCCCGGUUAAAACGAGGAGGCGGGCGUUAUUACAUAAAGGCAAGCCGGGCAGUGCGUUAAAAACAGAGAUGAAAACCCCUGCCGCAUGA